AGAUUCUUUCCUGGAUGCCGAGGGCUUCCACCAGGCAUGUGUGUUUGUCUGAUGUUUAUAGAAUCUUCAUUAGCGGAGAGCCUGAAUAGAUAAGGGGCCGAAAUGUAACAUCAAUGGCUCGAGAUAAGGACAAGUGUGCAACCAAUCUGCGCAACGACCCACAAGGGGCCAUAGCUGGAAAAAGCCUCAGCGGACACAGUGGCCAGCCGUCGCUGUCCCCUGCUUUUCCUUCAGCCUCUCAUCGGACAAGAAGUGUAGUCCCCCAGAUCCUCCUCAGUUCUUUCCUGUUUGGGACCACUGAACAUGCGCAAAAUGCACUUUUGGGGCGCCUGGAUCCUUCUGAAUGCCCUCUUGCGCCUAGCACAUGGCAAACCCUUGCUAAGUCGAGGCAGGUUACUCUUGAAGGGAAACGCUCACAAAGACGCCGGUGAUCUUGGGGACGCGGAAGGAGGUCAGUUCAACUUCAAAGCUUUCCUGGAGAAUCUGAAAGCGGAUUUCCUGAGGAGUUUGAACUUGUCCGAAGUCCCUUCUCAAGAGAAGGCCAAGGAGCAGCCGCCUCAGUUCAUGAUCGACUUGUACAACAGAUACGCUGCGGACAAGUCUUCCAGCCCCAUUUCCAACAUAGUGCGCAGCUUCAACCCCGAAGAUGUUUCUUCACUGGAAAUGAAUCUGCUCCGGAAAUACAUCCUGCUAUUCAACAUCUCCAUCCCCCGGUAUGAAGAAGUCAGCAGGGCUGAGCUAAGAAUCCACAUCGCCUGCCGGGAGGAAACAGCCUGUGUGUCUCACAUUCAAGGAAAAGUGACAGUUUACGAUGUCCUCAUGGGGACAGAUCAUGGGGACCAAUCAAAAGGGACCGAACCCUUCCUGGUCUCCAAAAAUAUCCAAGAAUGUGGCUGGGUGAUGUUUGAUGUCUCUGCCACCGUGAAAAGAUGGGUCAGGAGAGAAAAAAUGAAGGCCAGCGAUCAGCUGGAGAUUUGGGUGGACAGUCACGUGCCGGAUGACCCCUCGUGUGAGAAGUGGCGUCUCAGCGUCAUGCCUGACGCCCACCACUUGCCCUUGCUGAUAGUGUUCUCCAACGACCCCAGUAACAGAAUCAAGGAGAACCGCAUGGAACUCCAGGAGAUGAUGGUGCACGAACGGGAGAGCGUGCGCAAGAAUUUAGCAGAGAACAACAGCACGUUUCACAAACACAACACAGCGUCCGGCAACGGAAUCCAUCAUCCUUCUGCCAGAAGCAAACGUAGCGUCGAACUAAACCACUGUCGGAGAACCUCCCUCCAGGUGAAUUUCAAAGAGAUCGGCUGGAAUUGGAUCAUUGCCCCCCAAGAUUACGAGGCGUUUGAGUGCAAAGGGGGGUGCUUCUUCCCUUUGACGGAUAACGUCACGCCGACCAAACAUGCCAUCGUUCAGACCCUGGUGCACUACAAGAACCCCAAAAAAGCAUCCAAAGCUUGCUGCGUCCCAACCAAACUGGACGCUAUUUCCAUGCUUUAUAACGAUGACGCUGGGACCCCCACGCUGAAGUACCAAUAUGAAGGGAUGAAAGUAGCCGAGUGUGGCUGUAGGUAG